UGGGCGGAGGGCGGGGGCUGCUUUAGCUGAGGCGCAAGUAGAGUGAGCGCUAGUUCAGCCUGGCACAUCCCAAAGAGCAGAAGGGAAGGAGGAGGAGACCAGAGCUGAGCGACCCCAUGGCUGACAAACAGUACAUAGAAGACGCGGCUUUACAAGGGGACAAAGACAGCCAGGAAUGGGGCUAUGAGGAAGGUGUUGAAUGGGGUCUGCUUUAUCCAGAAGCCAAUGGAGAUUACCAGUCUCCAAUCAACAUCAAUUCCAGAGAGGCCGUAUAUGACCCAUCGUUGUUAGAGGUUCGAUUAACGCCCAACUAUGUUGUUUGCCGUGACUGUGAAGUAAUUAAUGAGGGGCAUGUGGUUCAGAUAUUGCUGAAAUCAAAAUCAGUUUUAAAAGGUGGACCAUUACCUCGAGGCCAUGAAUAUGAACUGAAUGAAGUGCGAUUCCACUGGGGAAAAGAAAACCAGCGUGGCUCUGAACACACCGUUAACUUCAAGGCAUUUCCUAUGGAACUCCAUCUUAUCCACUGGAAUUCUACUCUGUACAGGAGUAUUGAAGAAGCUACGGGAAAAGUGCAUGGAAUUGUUAUAAUUUCCUUGUUUGUACAGAUCGGUAAAGAAAAUUUUGGCCUUAAAGCUAUCACAGAGGUUCUUCAGGAUAUAUUUUAUAAAGGUAAAUCUAAGACGAUACCUUGCUUUAAUCCCAACUCUUUAUUACCAGACCCCCUGCUACGUGAUUAUUGGGUAUAUGAGGGCUCCCUUACAAUGCCACCAUGCAGUGAGGGUGUCACCUGGAUAUUAUUCCGAUAUCCUUUAACAGUUUCUCAAACACAGAUGGAAGAAUUUAGGCGACUGAGAACACAUAUCAAGGGAGCGGAUCUAACGGAUGACUGUGAUGGAUUAAUGGCAGAUAAUUUUAGACCAACCCAACCCCUUAGUGAUAGAAUCAUUCGAGCAGCAUUCCAGUAAAUACAAGGGAAGGAAAACAGGAGAAGGGUGAAGACAAUAGACACACAGUGAACUCCGAUGACAAAUAGAAACUUUUGGGAUUUCGGCUUUAGUUAAAGCACAAAGAUGGCAUUGUCUGUCUUCAUCUAAUUCCCUUUGAUUGACAAAUGCGGUGGUUGCCCUGACCACUGAGUACAGUCUGAAUCCUGGGAGUAGAAUGAACAUGAAAAGAAGAGAGCUCAUUGAAACUUCCAGCUACGAUUAAUGUUUUCUUCUAUUCAAGUACAUAGGUCAUGUAAUAUUGUGUAUUAUUCUCUCCUGAAACAUGAAACGGACUGCAAAAACGUAGAACAGAGCAGAAAUGAUUGGACGUGCCCAUGGGCCGAAGACUCUUUCUCUAUUGUCUUGUUCUAUUUAUGUAGAAUCAGAGCUUGGAAAGAUUUUUUAUAGUGUAAUACAUUUAAUAAAUCAAAGCAUGCACACAGGCCCUCACAAAUAUAAAGACAAUGUCCUGAAAAUAUACACAAAUGCCUAUGUUCCAAGGUGUAUAAAUGUUAAAUUAACAUUUA